GUUUCGACGAGUUUGAUAACUUGUUGGUCGCGCAGACGCCAUUACACACACUCACUCUGCAGCAGCCGGGCUUACUGUUGAAUUCUGCGGCAUGUAGCACCCUGGAAAAUUCGCAGGCACCUUUUCCUGAAGCUGCACGCGGUUUUUGCCGACGGACAACUACGGCAACUAGCUCCGUGAUACGUCAAGGUCACGUGUCACCUUUUUCACCGGGUGCGUUUUCGCGGUUUUUCUCAUUCGCCUGGCAAGAUGGUGAAGAAAGACGCUAUUGCGGCCGAAUUCGAGAAUGUCGGCGUCUCCAAACUGUCGGACGGCACUCUGUCUAAGUGCCUUGAUAUUUGCGACGACUUCGAGUUGACCGAAGAGGAAUUAGCUGAGCAAUGGGUGGCUUUCAGUGCGUCCCAUUUAGGGUGGCACAACAAGCUGGACGAAGACAUUUUGGCCCGUAUGGUGGCCGAGAUGGAAAAGGAGAGGAAUAAAGCCAAAAACAGGAUUAUCCAGAAACCAAAAAACACACCAAAAACAAAUUUAAGCUCUAGCAUCCCAUCGGGAUAUGUGACACCACAGAGGGCCAAACCUGUGAGUCGUAUUGCUUCGGAACAUGACUCGUCCCUUGCGGACUUUUCCCCGGCAAGCUACUCGCCUGCAAUAUUUUCUCCGUCUGGGAAAAAGGCAGCCUCAGCCACCUCCGGCAAAGUGGCCUUUGAAUUUGGCAGCACAAAUGGAGCCUCAUGGAAGUCAGGUAAUGAGAACCGCGUCACAAUCGAGUCAAUGGCAACCGGCAGUGGUGUCCUCGCCAGCAAUUACAAGUUUAUGUACGAACCUAUCCACCUGACUAAAGCCAUUCUGGCUGACCGCGUGGACUUCUUGGGAGAACAGCUACGCAAGCAGAAUGACCUACCUGAAUUUUCCCUCAUGGAAGAGCAACAAGUUGAAGAAACAACUUUUGUUGGAAGGAUCGGCUGCAAUGCUGAUGAUUUGAAAUUAACAUCUAAUUCCGUUGUCAUCACUGGCUCAGCUGACAGAGACGCCGAGGUCUCCCUCAAUCUGCACAAACUCGAGGACUAUGCCCUAUUUUCUGGCCAAGUGGUUGCUAUUAAAGCCCACUCUGCUGCUGACAAGUUGGUCCCGACCAAAGUUUUCAGUAGUGUUGAUCUCAAAUUCCCAGACAAGCCUAUCACUUUUGAUUUUACCACUGGACCUAUGGAGAUGGUUGUUGCUGCUGGCCCAUACACUCAUUCCGAUUCCCUCACUUACGAGCCUCUGCAAGCCUUGAUGCAGUACGUUAAAGAGCAUAAGCCUCAUCUUCUUGUUCUGUGCGGUCCUUUCGUCGAUUCCAUUCAACAGCAUGUGCAAGACUCCGUGAUUGACGACUCAUAUGAGCUGUUUUUCAUGAGAUUGCUGAUUGAUGCACUUAAGCCAAUAUCUAACUCGCACACUCAAAUAGUUGUGGUUUCAUCGAGCAGAGAUGCACAUCACCUUCCCAUUUUCCCAUCACCACCUUACACAAUAUCUCCUGCUGACAAAAAAGACUUACCCAACAACGUAACAUUUGUCUCUGAUCCAUGCCUGCUUGACGUUGAUGGUGUGAUUGUUGGAAUCACCUCAACUGAUAUUUUGAAGCACAUUGGUCCCUGUGAAAUUGCCAGUCAAGGAACAGACAGAUUGGGUCGCCUAGCUAGUCACGUUCUGCAUCAGGCUUCCUUCUACCCUCUGUACCCACCCCAAGCUAACAUUCACCUCGAGGCAUGGGAGAAGUUUGGACAAUUACCAGUCAAGCCACAUGUGCUUGUUCUUCCAUCGGACUUGCGAUUCUUUGUGAAGAACGUAGAUGACUCGUUGGUUGUAAAUCCCGAGAGGCUGGCCAAAGGAGUUAGUGGAGGAACCUUUGCUAGGCUGGAGAUUGCUAAGCCAGCAGAUGAUAAGCCAUUCCCUGAUAGUGUGAGGGCUCAAAUUGUGAAAAUUUAAUACUCCUAAUUAAUAGCUGGUGAAUAAAAAAAUCUUAUUUUGCAAAA